AUGGGUAAACUACUUCAAGUGUUUAUCAUUGGUGGGUUCAUACGAUUUCUACUACCUACAUUUAUUCCUUCAAUUACGACCACUCUUUCUUCAACGGUUGAAUUGAAUACACCCAUAACUUCGUUCAAGUCCCUUCUCGAGGCGAUAUACUUUUUCAAUCAUGAUAUCGAUUUGUACGAUGGAGGUGUGAACCACCACCCGCCAUUGGUAAUCAUACUUGCUUCCUGGAUUAGUGUUUUUCCAUUCUCACAAGUUUUGUUCAAUUUGGUGUAUACUGUCACUGACUUAUUGAUUGCUUGGAAGAUAGUUCAACUUAACCAGUGGUAUAACAAUUCGCGUAGUAAGAUCGCUGGAUCCCAAGUGACAGGUUUCAACGAUGAUUUGAUUGCAUGCUUUUACUUGUUCAACCCAUUGGUUAUCUUGACAAACUUGAGUCAUUCUACGGUUGUGUUUACAUGGUAUUUCAUCAUUGAGAGCUUAACUCAAAUAACGCUCAAGAGGAAUGUUGUACGGUCAAUGAUUGCGUUCGCAGUAGCAACAUAUCUAUCAUUUAACGCGUUGUAUCUUCUUCCUUCAGUGUUGGGAUUGGCACUCAAGAUUUUUCCAACAACCACAAUAAAGUUGUUACGCGUCAGCUUGGUGAUUUACCUCGGAUCAUUGCUUCUUUUGGCAUCAGCUUCAUUUGCAUUUACAUCAUCGUGGCGCUUUUUAGAUAACUGCUAUUUGGCGGUCGUAUUUUUCAAAAAGAUAACACCCAAUGUCGGCUUAUGGUGGUAUCUAUUCACCGAAAUGUUUGAAUUCUUUACCCCAUUUUACCUUGGAAUGUUCAACUUAUACUCAUUUUCAUUCAUCGUACCAAUUGCGAUGCGUUUAUUUGAGUCAAAGGCUGCUCCUAAACUAGGUGAUUCAUUUUUAGCUGUGUUGUUGUCUUUGUUAUGGAUAUCAUUCACCAAAUCCUAUCCAACGAUUGGAGAUUUAGGAUUUGCAUUAUCAAUAUUGCCAAUUUUCAAAGGAACUGUGUUACCUUACUGCAAAAUGAUCUAUGUUUCGAGUAUGACUUUAGUUACAGCGCUAAUCUUAUCCCCUAUAUUCUAUUACUGUUGGAUUGUUUUAGGAAACGGUAAUGCAAAUUUCUUCUACAGCAUAAACUUAAUAUGGGGUGGUGUGCAUAUUCUCAUUUUGAUGGAUUUAUUAUGGGCAAAGCUCAUUGUUGAUUACGGUGUGGAAAAUGAUGUAUGUAAAGAACAACUUAAAAAGAUUAACUUGGCGCAGAUAUAG